UCCUGCGGUCACGUCGUGCGCCAUGCAGGGCGGCCGCACCGGGGCCCUCGACCUGCUGCGGACACUGCCGCGAGUUAGCCUGGCCAACCUCAAGCCGAAUCCCGGCUCCAGGAAACAGGCGAGAAGACCCAGAGACCGGAGAAGAGGCAGAAAAUGCGGCAGAGGCCAUAAAGGAGAACGGCAGAGAGGAACUCGGCCCAGGCUGGGCUUUGAGGGAGGUCAGACUCCAUUUUACAUCCGGAUUCCGAAAUACGGGUUUAAUGAAGGACACAGCUUCAGACACCAGUAUCAGCCCUUGAGUCUUAAUAGACUGCAGUAUCUUAUUGACUUGGGUCGAAUUGAUCCUACUCAACCUAUUGAUUUAACCCAGCUUGUCAAUGGAAGAGGUGUGACCAUCCAACCACUUAAAAGGGAUUAUGGUGUCCAGCUGGUGGAGGAGGGUGCUGAUAACUUCACGGCCAAAGUGAAUAUUGAAGUGCAGUUGGCUUCAGAACUUGCCAUUGCUGCAAUUGAAAAAAAUGGUGGUGUUGUUACUACAGCCUUCUAUGAUCCCAGGAGUCUGGAAAUUUUGUGCAAACCUGUCCCAUUCUUUCUGCGUGGACAGCCCAUUCCAAAACGAAUGCUUCCACCUGAAACACUGGUAACAUAUUAUACCAAUGCAAGAAAUCGUGGUUAUCUGGCAGAUCCUGCCAAAUUUCCUGAAGCAAGACUUGAACUCGCCAAGAAGUACGGUUAUAUUUUGCCUGAUAUCACGAAAGAUGAACUCUUCAAAAUGCUCCGUGCACGAAAGGAUCCACGGCAGAUCUUCUUUGGUCUUGCUCCAGGCUGGGUGGUGAAUAUGCCUGACAAGAAAAUCCUGAAGCCUGUAGAUGAGAAUCUCACCAAGUACUACAGCUCCUGAAGCCUCUUCCAUGGCAGCUGUGGUGGUAGAGCAUGUUGGCAAGGGGAGGAUGCAUACGUAUUUCUCAGAACCUUCUCUAGUAUCUAAUUCUCCAAUGUUUUUAUCUAAAAUUAAAAUGUAUGCAAGAACCAGUA